UUGCGCGUAAUUUGGAUAACUUUGCGCGUUAAAGCACCCAUGCACGUGCAAUGAUUUGAGUGUUUUCGGACGCUGGAUCGACUCCAGGAGGAGGAUGCUGCGGCGUGUCUGGCUCAUCUGCGCCCUGCUCAGCUGCUGAGGCUGAGGAUCAGAGGUGUGUGCGCGUGAAUGGAUCACUCCUGGGACGUUUAAGUGAAUUCAGGGCUGUCCCUUCCUCCGUCACGAGCUGAAAGAUGGGGAACAGUUUGACCACUUUGGGUGCCUUCCAGUCUUUGCACAUAGUCAUGCUGGGCUUGGACUCCGCAGGGAAAACCACCGUGCUGUACCGGCUCAAAUUUAACGAGUUCGUCAACACGGUGCCAACCAUCGGCUUCAACACGGAGAGGAUCCGUCUGGGCGGCGCGGGAGCCUCCCGGGGCAUCAGCUGUCAUUUCUGGGACGUGGGGGGCCAGGAGAAGCUGCGGCCCCUCUGGAAACCGUACAGCCGCUGCACGGACGGGAUCGUGUACGUGGUGGAUUCCGUGGACGCAGAGAGGCUCGAGGAGGCCCGCACCGAGCUGCACAAGAUCACGCGCUUCUCGGAGAACCAGGGGACUCCUCUGCUGGUCAUCGCCAACAAACAGGACCUACCCAGAGCUCUGGACGUGGAGGAGAUCGAGAGGCAGCUGGCCCUGACCGAACUGAGCCCCUCCACCCCCUAUCACGUCCAGCCGGCCUGCGCCAUCAUCGGAGAGGGUCUGCACGAGGGCAUGGACAAGCUGUAUGAGAUGAUCGUGAAGAGGAGGAAGAGUCUGAAGCAGAAGAAGAAGAGGCAGUGAUGACAGAGACUCCAAACUAAUCACUACAGACACUCUGCAAGUCUACAUAUAUAUUUAUAGUGCUGCUACAUGAGAUAAACACACAAAUAUCAUCAAUAGAGACUAGACAUGAAUGUUUCUGAGAGACUGUGAUUGUUAUGAGGCUAUAGAGACUUUAAAGGUAUAGAUUAAUGGUUAUAGCGGGACAGAGGCUAUAUAUGAAUGUAAUAGAGUCUAAAGAUGACUGUUAAUGAGGGACAGUCUAUAUAUUAAUGUUAAAGAAUGACAGAGUCUAUAGACGAAUGUUAACGAGGGACAAAGUCUAUAGAUGAACAUUAACAAGGAUAAUUGUAAACAAGGGACAAAGUGUAUAGAUACAUUUUAAUGAGGGACAGAGUCUAUAAAGAAUCUAAUGAUGGACAGUCUGUAGAUGAAUAUUAAUGAGUGACAAAGUCUAUAGAUAAAUGUUAACAAGGGACAGAGUCUAUCAAGAAUCUUAAUGAUGGACAGAGUCUAUGGAUGACUGUUAACAAGGGACAGAGUCUAUAGAUCAAUGUUAAUAAGGGACAGAGUCUAUAGGUGAAUGUUAACGAGGGACAGAGUCUAUAGAUGGCCGUUAACGAGGGAAAGAGUCUUAGAUGGCUGUUAACGAGGGACACAGGUUAUAUAUAUUUUUUAACAAGGGACAGAGUCUAUAGAUGAAUGUUAACGAGGGACAGAGUCUAUAGAUGACUGUUAACGAGUGUCACAGGUUAUAUAUAUUUGUUAACAAGGGACAGAGUCUAUAGAUGAAUGUUAACGAGGGACAGAGUCUAUAGAUGACUGUUAACGAGUGUCACAGGUUAUAUAUAUUUGUUAACAAGGGACAGAGUCUAUAGAUGAAUGUUAAUGAGGGACAGAGUCUAACGCUGACUGUUAACAAGGGACAGAGUCUGUAGAUUAAUGUUAACAAGGGGCAGAGUCUAUGGAUGAUUGUUAACAAAGGGACGGAGU